GGGAGGAAAGGGUCUGGUCCCCCUGGAACUUUGCCUGCUACCCUAAAGGAAAAUGCCAUUGGCUAUUGCUCUCUCACUUUAAUUAUCCAAUCAAACCCAUUCUUUUUGGUUUCCUUUUGCUUUCAAGAUAUAAAAUUUAAUGGAAUCCUAAUCAUCCAUUUUGGAUUGAUCAUGUGAUAUACAGUCUGUCACACACUACUGUUUUUCUGCUUCUGUUGUUGCUGUUACACUAUUUUAUUUUAUUUUUUUGAUCAGUUGCUACCAGCCACUAUCUUCCCUUUCCUUUUUUAUUCACUUCUCAUAAUCUCUUAACGAUCAUCAACUUAGUUCUGAAAGGAUCUCUAUUCUCUGCCUCUAUCAAUCCCCAUGGCUACCGAGACUGCUCCAUCACAUCAAACUCCUUCUGACCACGAGCCAAUGGAGAAAGUCGCCGAAGUAGUAAAGCCUGAGGAACCUGAAAUUGUUUCUGUAGCCAAGAAAACAGAAGAAGAAGACCUCAAAUCUAAUGAAUUAGCAAGUCAAUCAACCCCGUCAGCUAAAUCAGAAGGAGAAGCCGAAGAUGAGGCAGAGCCUCCAACAGAUGAGGUUAAGAUGAUUAAUGAUGCUCCAAUUGUUGAUGUUCUAGUCUAUGAUGAAAAGGAGUUGGAAAAAGAUUCCAUUCCUGACUCACAUACAUCCAGUGUUCUAGCUCCGGUGACCAGUGUUGUUAAUGGUGAAUCAGUUGCUCCAGCUAUAGAGUUUGUUCCCAAAGAAGCAGAAGAGCAACCAUUAUCGUCAUCCUUGGCGGAAUUACCACUUGAAGAGCCGAAGACAGUUGAUGUUCCCGUAUCAUUAGAAGAAGCCAUUGAGAAACCACACGAGCCAUCAGAAGUUCUUAUUAUUAAAGAAUCUGAACCAAUUGUGGCAAAAAACACCAAAGAUUCAGGGGUAUUAAAAGAAGUGGACAAACCGGAAUUAGUAAUUCCAGAAGUUGAAGUGAAACUACAGGAGCAAUCUGAAGUUGGUAAACAAGUUGAAAAGCCAAAAACAGAAGUGAUUGAGAAACCAGAGGAGCCUUUGGAAGUUAUUCCUAUCAAAUCAGAAGCAUUAGUGGUAAAAGAUGCGGAAGAUUCAGAACCAGUUUUAAUAGAAGAAGAUAAACCAGAAUCAGAAUUAGUAAUUCCUGAAAUGGAGGUGAAAUUGGAGGAACAAUCCGAAGUCAUUAAAAAAGUUGAACCAGAAGAGAAAUCAGUUGAAGUAAUCGCCAAAACACAGGAGCUAGCGGAAGUUCUUCCUACCAAAGAAUCAGAAGCAGUUCUUGUAAAAGAUAUUGAUGGCUCACAAAAAUUGUCUAAAGAAGCUGAUAAAGUUGAAGCAGUAGCUCCUGAACCCAGGGAAGUGAAAAUGGAGUCUGAAGUCACUGAACAAGUAGAAAAAACAGGGGAGAAAUCUGUUGAAGCUAUUGAGAAAACACAGGAUUCAUCGGAAGUUCAUCCUGUUAAAGAAUCAGAAGCAGUUGCAGUAAAAGAUAUUGAUGAUUCAGUAGCAGUGCCUGAAGUUGAUAAACCAGAAUCAGCAGUUCCUGAAGUUGAGGUUAAACAAGAAGAGCAAUCUGAAGUAAUGGAACAAGUGGAAAAACCAGAAUCAGCGGUUCCUCAGGUUGAGGUGAAAUUGGUGGAACAACCUGAAGUAACUGAACAGGUUGAAAAAACAGAAUCACUGGGUCCUGAGGUUGAGGUGAAACCAGAAGAACAACCUGAAGUCACUACACAUACGGAAAAACAAAAGAAACAUGAAGUAGAGUUGAAAACUGAAGCACGAUCUGAAGUUAGUGAACAGGUUGAGAUUAAGCCAACUAAUGAAAAGCCAGAGGAAGUAGCUGGAAUUACUCAAGAGGCUGAAGUUGAUGUCAAAGAGGAUAUAGGAAAAUCUUCUCUUCCUGAAGUUGUAGGAAAGGUUGGUUCAGAAGAUGAAAAAAAAGAGGCUGAAGGAACUGAUCCGGUUGAAGUGCCAGUAAAAGAGGUUGUGGGAGAAGCGGAAAAGGGUGGAGAAGAGAAAGAAGCUCAGACAACCAAAGAUGAGGGCGAGAAUAUAGCAAGUGAAACACUGAAAGAGGAACUAGCUCAUCCCAUCAAAGUGGAAGAUGUCAGCGAUGCGGUUUCAAAUGCUGAAGUUACUGAAAAAUCAUUUGAGGGAGAGAAGACAGUUGAAAAUGUUGUGCCUGCUGUAGAAGACAAGAAAGAGGAGAUACCAGCAGGAGAGGAAACCGAAAAAGAUCAGAAAACAGAGGGAAAGCUGGAUGAAGCCACCACAAAUGGCAGUAAAACAGCCAAAGAAUCCCAAGAUUCUGGGUUAGAAGAAAAAGAAGAAGAAAGUGCAAAAAACAACAAAGAAAACUCCGAGCAGGAAAAGUUUGAUGAGAUAGCGAAAUCUGAUGCACAGAUUUUAGAGCCUUCCACCACCAAGGAUGCUGACGACAUAAAAGUAUCACAGGAUCUGCCAAGAGAAGUUCCAGCCAAGCCAACUCAAAAGCAUUCAAACAACAUUUUAACAAAGGUAAAGCAAUCACUUGUGAAGGCAAAGAAAGCUAUUAUCGGGAAAUCACCAACUCCAAAAACUGUCUCCUCUGAUACCAAGGGGGAUGUUAAAGUCAAUAAUUAAAUGCAUCAGAAUGACAAAGUUUGCAUAUACUUAUACAGAUUUGGAACCUUUCAUUGCGAAGUAUAUAGGUGUGCAUAAAGGCGUUUCUUCUUCCCCACCACGCCGAUCACUUGGUUGUAUGUAUUGAUAGUGUGAUGGUGGUUGGUGUUGUUGGGUUUGAUUUUAUCAGUAGCAGAAAAAAUUAUGUACUUGUUGUUACACAGCGAUAAUGUUGAUUUGUGUAUGAGAUUGGAUUC